UUGGUAGCUGUCCAGCAGUGGGGUGGAGCCCGAGCGCUGACGCCUACUACGUAGAAAAGCCUCGGCCGCUGAGGAACCGCUGUAGCAGGUCCUAGCGGAUAGCGAGGUGGCAGAUUUGGUGGACAGGCACAAUGGGAAUUCAAAGGCGACUCCUGUCAUUGCUGCUGCUUCUGGCUGUCCUCUGCUCCACGGGGGUUAGCCUCAGGUGCUACAACUGUUUGGACCCAGUUUCCUCAUGCAAAAUGAAUACAACGUGUUCACCUAACCUGGAUUCCUGCCUCAUCGCUGUGUCCGGAAGGCAAGUCUACCAACAGUGUUGGAAGUUUUCCGAUUGCAGUUCCUUGACCAUUUUGAGCAAAUUAGAACUGGCAACUGUACAGUACAGAUGCUGCCAAGUGGACAUGUGUAACAAAAAGCUCAAAGAAGAAAGUGAUGGCAUAAAAGGAAAUAACUGGUCAAAAGACGAGGCAACCUCCUUGUCGGGGAAGACGGUAUUGCUGGGGACCUCAGUGCUGGCAGCCAUCUGGAAGCUGUGUUUCUAGGUCAUCACGGAGCUCCGGAGCACCUCUGUUCUUACCUUGUUUGCUGCAGCACUCCAAAGCUAUUAUUAUUUUCUGUUAUAUCCUUUUGGAAAAGAAUAAAGUCUCUCUGAACAUUGUGGACAAGGAAAAGGGAUCUAAGCAGUGUGGAGGACCGCCCUGCACACAGGGAAGGCCCACUUGAAGUUUAAGGGUGAAGUUCAUGGAUCCGACUCCAAUAGGUUAUAUGACUCUUCCUUUGCCCUUGGGAGCACUGGCUUUCUGUUUCAGCUUAAGUGGGCUUUUGGCAACCCUCAGGGAUCUCUCUCUGGUUCCUAGAAUGUAGCUGAGAGGUUCAGUCAGUACCUUUAGGAGUGAGUGAACCAGGGGGAUUCUUUUCAUCCUUUUGCCACACUCAAAAUGCUUGCAUAGUCCAUGCAAAUCCAAAAAA